AUUCCUAGUAGCUACAAUUGCUCUCCAUCGAUCGUUCGGCCCUUGCUACUAUAUAUCGAUAGGGAUGAAAGACAGAUCGCAUCUCGCUGGAGACCAGCAUAACGGACUUACAGUAUAUAUACUUACCACCAUUAAUGAUGGCGCGGUGGUCGUCGGCGGUGUUGUUCGCGGUGGCGGUGGUGUCGGCGGCGGCUGCUGGCGUCGCGGCGGUGCGGCAGGACGACUUCUUCGUGGAGGGCUCGGUGUACUGCGACACCUGCCGCGCCGGGUUCGAGACGAACGCGACGACGCCGAUCGCGGGCGCCCGGGUGCGCCUGGAGUGCCGGCACUACAUGAGCAGGAGCGGUGCGGUGGAGCGGUCGGCGGAGGGCGCGACGGACGCGGCGGGGCGGUACCGCGUGGAGCUGGUGGACAACCGCGGCGCGGAGGAGGUGUGCGUGGUGGCGCUGGUGAGCAGCCCGCUGCCCGGGUGCGCCGAGAAGGAGGCCGGCCGCGACCGCGCCCCCGUCGAGCCGCUGGCGGACGACGGGCUCGCCACCACCGUGCGCCGCGCCAACCCGCUGGGGUUCCUCAAGGACCAGCCGCUCCCAAACUGCGGCCAGAUACUCAGCAGCUACGCUCUCCGAUCCGCGCCCAGCUACUGAUUUCUGAUUUGAUCUGAUCCUGGUGGCAAG